CAUUUCCAAAUUAUGCCUGACUGGAUGUUACAGAUAUCAUCCAGAGAGGACAUUUUGGACGCAGAAACGAUGUGCAGGGAGUAGCGUUCUUCUCAUCAAUGCCGGAUGGACAGGCACGCAUCAACAUGGAAGGCGGGACUACUCAUCACACAGGAACCUCGUCAACCCUUUUCCAAGCCGACCUUCUGCCAAGUUCAUGAUUCUGCCAGCGCGCCUGAUUUCGUUUCUGAUCCGGAAACAUUGCUGGUCGUUCCGACUCCCAGCGCCUUCCAGAGAUUCGAUCAAAUUACUGUAACUACACAGUAGGCACUUUCAUCAGG